UGCUGCUCUCCAUCCUCCGCACAUCUCUCACUCCACUCGCCCGUUCCUCUGGCCGUCUGCAGCAGCAGCGCUCCAGUCAUGGCUGCCCUCUCGCCUCUGCGGACAGCGCUGCGGCAGCGCCUCUGUGCGCUGCCAGUGGCCGCCACGCCGUCCGUGGCCCGCGGCCUCGCCUCGUCCUCUCGCGCUGCUGCCUCGUCCUCCACCGCUUCCCCCUCUGCCGGCCCCGCACGGCACCUGCCACCACUCGCACGGGCAGACCCGCAGCUCUACGCCCUCACUGCGCCGCUGCCGCUCUCGUCGCUCUCGGCUCUCGCGACGCGCUUCCAUCUGCUGCCCGCCAGCCUCUCUGCGCCGGAGCGGAAAGCACGUCUGGAGGCCGUGGCGCAGGCGCUGGUGCACCCGAGCCUGCUGCCUCAGCUGGCGCGCGCCCGGGCACUGAGCAACGACGAGCUGCAGCGCAUGUCAGGCGACGACCAGGCGCGCGAGCAGUACCUGCCGCUGCCGGAGAAGGACAACGCGGCGCUGGCGGCCGAGGGCAACGCCUGGCUCGGCAUGCUCAUGUCCGAGGCGCUGCACCUGCGCUUCCCGCACCUGCCCGUGCGCGCCCUCAAGGCCGCCGUGUCGGCGUACGUCGGCCCGCAGACGCUGGCCGACGUGGCCGCCGAGCUGGGCGUCACGAGCGCAUCGCUGCUGCGCUUCGAUCCCUCGAACAAGGUGGAGCCGUCGUCGCUGAAGCUCUCGCGCGGCAAGGCCGAGGCACGGAAGGUCAACGCACGAGGGGCCUCGACCGAUGCGCUGCGUGCGCUCUUCGCACUUGUGCUCUCCAUGAACGGCCUGCCGGCGCUGCGCAAGCAGCUGCACUCGCUCAUCCUCUCGCGCCAGCUGCCACUCGAGCAGCUGCUCAAGUUCACCGACCCAAAGCGGGUGCUGAGCCAGACGUGCGCCAAGUACAGCCUCGAGCCGCCGGUCAGCCGGCUGAUCGCCGAGACGGGCCGCACGAGCAUUGCGCCCAUCUUUGUCGUCGGCGUGUGGAGCGGCGCGACGAAGCUGGGCGAGGGCACGGGCAGCGCACUGAAGAUGGCAGAGUACCGGGCAGCAGAGGACGCGAUGCGGCGCUUCUACCUCGCCACACCCGGCCAGUCCUCGCUCGCGACGAUGCCGUCCUCGACGCUCGACGCAGAGUUUGCCGGCGCCUCUGCAGAGGGCGCAGCAGAGCCACGGCCGGCGUACGUGGCACAGCCGCUGGGGCGGAGCGAGGUGGUGCACGGAAGCAGGGCGGCAUAGACCAGGGACAAAACAGGGGGAGCAUUAAUGACCAGACGCUGCUCCUUGUAUGGUGCCAUGACGUGCGGUGCGUGUUCGUGCGUGGCAGAUGAUUCAGGUGCGGGAGAUGGAAGCAGACAGAGACAGUCGCGUGCAGGGGAGAGCAGCGUCUAGGAUAAUGAUA